AUGCUUCAUUUGCUGGUUCUCUUGGUCCUCGUUGCUACAACUCUCGGGUACCGUCUAACCGAGUACACAGGCGAACGCUGCACAAAAGCUGAAGCUGGAUUCCAUCGGCUUGCAGGAGCUACUGCGUGCAGCAAACUCAAUACUGUUGAUGCAAAAUCAAUACUAGUGAAGGUUGACAAUGUCUACGACGACCAACAUUCAGUUAUAGUGUACGAGAAUGACGACUGCACUGGAUCCGUCCUCGGAGUCAUCGAGAACAUGAACGGCUGCUUGAACCUCCAUGGUCUUAACAAUGUCGUCGGCAAAUCCGUAAAGGUCAUACCCGGUACCGUGGAAUCCUCAGUAUUUGCAAAUGAAGGGUUUGAGACCAAUUACCUAUACAAUCUCCCUCCGCAGGAUAGAAGCCAUGUUAUGGUCCCUAUUGCCCAUGCUUUCUUCCGCACGGUAGACAUAGCCAAUCACGCGGACGACGGUACCUACGACGACGAAGCCUUUGACAUAUUCAUCACCACUGAGCUUGAUCAUGUCCUCCGCUUGGAGAGCAACGUAGUAAUGCCUCUCGCAGAAUCUGACAGCUCAAAAUCCACCCAUCUCGAAAGGGUCGACCUACUCGAGCGGAUAUCAGGAGGGAUGGAAGGGCUCGAGGCAAUAGCAAAUUCAUUCGCGAUGCAAGUGUCAGAGACAAUGAGGGUCAUCUAUAAUUCGUCGGCUCACCUUGCACAGGAAGUGGAAAAUACAUUCAAACGUGCCGCCGAGCGAGCAUCGAGCAGGGGAGAUUUUGACUUCUUGCACUCCCAAAAGAACCAGGGACGUCUGGUCAGGAGGUUGAUUGACUCGGCUCAGUCGCAGGGCCUUACCAACGCGCAAUGGAAUCUGAAAGAUAAGUGUGGCAGGACGUGGGAGGUAACACUCAAGAUGAGAGAGCAUAAUGAGAAUGAGGGCGGGUCAUUAUGGGGUUGGUAG